AUGGCAUGGUUAAUGAACAAACACCGUGGGGCGAAUAGGAUCACACCAGAUUCCAAAGAUCAAGCCCUCGACUCGCCGCAGAGGAAGAAGAGCAAUGGCAGUCUCAUGUCAUCAUUCAACUCUCUGACACCUUCGCAGUUGGAUGUGGCUAUUGUGGACAUGUUACACAUGAGGAAACCGAAUCGGUUCUUUGGUCUUUGCCAAGGUAAUCCUAUUACCAAGAGAGGCAAGAGAAUUCAGAUGAUGAAGGUGAUAGCCAUCGUCAUGAUCCCCAUCAUAGUCCUGCUAGGCCUAACGACGAAUAUCUUUGCAACGAAGAUAAACAGCCAUUUACAGGUGUCGUCUCUCAGGCAGAUUGUGGUUUUUAGUAUAGAACUUGGUGACGUUCUUCACAACUUACAGCGAGAACGUGACAUGAGCGCCCUCUACGUCAGCGACAUUGCCCCGGAAGAAGCCAAGAACCUUCUUAUCCAGCGGUACCCUGUCAGCGACCGCGCACUGAUGAACAUGUCCUUCUGGCCAGCGGACAACAAACUCGCCGAUACCAGGGCGGAAUUCACCACCAAGGAAAGGUUCAUGAACUACUUGAACAGACACCGAUACGAGUUAGACACGCUAAACACCACAGUGAAAAGCGAAUUGAGUUUCUACGCAGAGGUCAUCCAUGUUAUUUUCAAUUGGCUGGUUGCCAGCGUUACUGACGUGGGUUCCGGUUCUGUCUGGAAGCCAUUGACUGCGUAUCUGGAGAUUAUCUACGCUAUAGAGAAUUUCGGUUUGGAGAGAGCUUAUGGAGCUAUCUUUUUCACCCAGGGAAGAUUUGAUAAUUUUGAUGAGUAUUUGGUGUUCAUGCAGAGUCAAGAAACUGGAAAUGUCACUUUCGAAUCGGCGCGGUAUUAUUCUGAUUUGGUGCAGGAAACCUACGAUGACACCAUCACGGGAAAUGAGACUUUUGUGGCGGUGGUGGAAACAAUGCGGCAGGAGAUUCGAAGUAACAACGCUUCCCAGGCCGGGUCGUUGGUUCGUGGGCUAGGAUGGUACGAUAGUAUGACACUCUACAUGGAACAACUUCACAGGGUACAGGAAAAGCUUGCUGUAAAGAUUCUGAACAUCAUCGACCAACAGGAGAAAGAGGAACUCAUGAAGAUGAUAAUCAUUGCUAUAAUCUUUGGAGUUGUACUCAUUAUGUGUCCCAUUAUCUUGCACGGAGUCUUCUCACUGACCAGCGCCAUGCAGAAAUACUCCAUGACCUUGGCAGACAGGACAAAUGCAUUGAACAAAGAGAAGAAGCGUACCGAUGUCCUACUCUACCAGAUGUUGCCCAAGCAAGUUGCCGACCAACUCAAGAGGAACGAGGUCGUCCGUGCCAAGGCCUAUUCCGACGUGACAAUCUAUUUCUCUGAUAUUGUCGGCUUUACGGAGAUCAGCUCAAGAAGCUCCCCGAUACAGGUUGUCAACAUGCUGAAUUCCCUGUACACUUGCUGUGACAGUCGCAUAGAGUUGUACGAUGUCUACAAGGUGGAGACGAUCGGUGAUGCUUACAUGGUCGCUUCAGGACUCCCAAAGCGGAAUGACAAGAGACAUAGUUUUGAGAUCGCGACCAUGGCCUUGGAUCUCCUCGAGAACAUCAUGCAGUUGGAUAUCCCACACCUUCCUGGCACGAAGUUCAAACUGAGAAUUGGAUGUCAUACAGGGCCAGUCGUCACAGGGGUCGUUGGAACGAAGAUGCCACGGUAUUGUCUUCUGGGAGAAACGAUUACUGUCGCAUCGAAAAUGGAAUCACUUGGAAAACCUGGGCGUAUCCAUAUCAGCCAGGUCACCCAGGAGGCGCUGGAAGAGUUCGGCGGGUUCGAGAUGGUAUUGAGGGAGGAUAAGGUGAUUAAGAAUGACCACGAAUUGAUGGCCACAGUGAAAGGAUUCUUGCGCACUUACUGGCUAAUCCGCUGCGAUGCCCAGGAAGUCAACAAGCACAAAUGCGACCACCGCCCAUCCAUUGUUGAAAGUGAAGGAUCAGACACCAGUUCUGGUUGAAGACGCAAUGAGUCGAACUCGGUCACGCGGACUGAUAAGACGCUUUGAUCUGCUAAGUUUGUACAUAUGCUGUAAAAUGGGCAGUUUCUUGUAAUCCCUGUUGUUUUAUCUAUGCCAUAUCAAGCAAUUGCGUUUAACUUGUUAAAGCUAGAAAAAACGAUGUCACGAUCGUUACCGAAGUAUACAAAUUACGUACCGUAAAGUUCUGAUGACAAUGUAUGUUUUAUGCGUUUGCGACAAGUCAAUCUGUUUGAAGCCAAAAAUGGGAACGAUUCUUGACGCAUCAUAAAAUGGAAAAAUAUGUUUAUUUCGUACUUAUCAUUGCAUUUCAUCUUCCAACAUGUAAAGCUAAAUAAAGUUAUGGACUGACUAUUAAGUGAAUAAAUCAUGUAAAACUGUUGUACACAUGCGUCAUCCCUAUACGACCAUUCGCAAUUCAUUUAUCGGGGUCAUUCGCCAUCUCG